AUGGCCGAGGCCGUAGACUCCAUGCAUUUCGCAGCAAACAGCAAAACAAAUUCCCCUAAACCCUUGACAGCUAAACGGCCGCCGGAGAGCCGACCGCAGUCUUCCAGCGACAUUUACCCACCGCCCCCUAAGAAGGUCCGGGUGGAGGAGAAGGGGCUGAAGCACAGGAAACUGAACGGAGAGGUGUGCGCAGGGGAAAAACACAACGGGAAGCAGAGUUGUGGGAGCCCAGCGAAAUGGAGUUUCGGCCCGGCCAAGGCGAGCCACUCCACCGCCGCCGCGGUGCCCGCGACCCCCGCUCGGAAAAUCUUCAAAAUCAGCAACUUCCUCGCCUCGCCUCUCAAAGUGAAAAAGGCAAAAGAGAAGCGACACAAGGAGAAGGAGAAAAGCGGUGAAGCGCAGCGGAGCUCAGCCGCUGGUGUGGAGAGAGUGAGCCCUGCUAGCUGCCAUACAAAGACCGAGAACGGCGACGUGAAAAUGCUACAGAGAGAUCACCGUGUGAAGGAGAAAGACAGGGAGAAGAAAAAGGAGAAGACUAAAGAGUGGAAAAACCACAAAAUGCCACCUGUACAUGACAUAGCAAGAGAAAACGGAGAAGUGAUUUCUCCACCAAAAGAGUCUAUGGAGAAGCCCGCAGCUGGUUCAGAGGAAGAUCUCCUACUGAAGAAACUCAAGAAGAAGAAGAAAAAGAAGCACAAAGAUGGAGAGCGGGUGAAAGAGAGGCACAGCCGACCCAAAAUGUAUCACCGCUCAUGCCAGACGGUGUGUUCAGGAGUGUCCCUGGCUCUGCCCGACUUCCUCACUCGAAUUAAUGGGAACAACAGCAUUAACAGCAGCAGUCUACUCCACACCACCGCAGCACCACCACAACAACACCAGGAUCCUCAUGAAACUGCCGCUACCUCUGCCUCCAUCUCCUCCGUGGUCAGGGGCCGGCUCGGCUACAGCUCCCCGCUCCACUGCACACCAGCGCCGGUACUGCCUGGUCUGGAGUUUGGCCCCCUGAUCCACAUCGAGCAGCAGGCCAACGGAGGGGCAUCUGUGGCGCACGCCUACUCCGAGCAGCUCUCCUGCCUGUCUCCGGCUGAGAUGCAGCGCUUUGCCCAGGAGUUUGUGACCCUGUCGUUCAGCGAAGACGAGGCCCAGGCUGCGUGUUUUGUGAUGGGCAUCGUCCAUGGAGCGGCUUCCUACCUCCCAGACUUCCUGGAUUACUUCUCCUACAAGUUCCCCAAUGCGCCAGUGAAGAUGGAGGUGCUCGGGAAGAAGGACAUCGAGACGACAACCAUGGCCAACUUCCACUCUCAG